AUGACCACUGCCACCAACGGAACCGACGGCGCAGCUGCCAUCACUGACGCAUUGGAGGCCACCACCCUCCAAGAGCUGGGCAAAAAGGUGUUCAUCGGAAAUCUCAGUUUUGCGACCAAGGAAGACCACCUGCGAGAAUUGUUUGGCAAGCAUGGCGAAAUCUCGGACGUGCAAAUCAUCCACCGUGGGGCGCGCUCCCUGGGCUACGGCUUCGUCACCUUCACCACCCUCGAGGAAGCCGAAAAGGCCGUGGCAGCCACAGACAAGAAUGAGAUCGACGGCCGUCCCAUCAACGUCGAGAUCGCCAAGCCCGCCCCUGGCCAACCCGGCGGCGCAGUCCCGCGUGCGGCGGCCCGGGCCGCUCGGGCAUCCAAGCCCCGCCAAGCCAACGGGGCCGCCAAGGGCAGCGACGAGGAGCCCGAGGGCCCUGCGGACGCCAAAGCCGCCAAAAGCAGCGCCGGGCGCACCCGCAACAGGCGCCAUGGCCGCACACGUCGCCCCGCCGGCGAAGCGAAACCCGAAGCCACCGGCGACGACCACGGCGCGCUCACCGACCCUUCCACCCACAACGAGGACGAUCCGGCCGGCAAACCCCGCCCCAAGCGCGUCCGCACCCGGCGUCCAAAGGAAGCCGCGCCCGCCGAGCCCCGCGGCGAGAAACGCACCAGGAGGAAAGGAGCGCCCGAAGGCGAACCCAGCCAAACGCUGCUGUUUGUCGCCAACCUGCCCUUCACGGUGACGGACGCGAAGCUGAAGGAGCUCUUCGGGAGCUACAAGGUGGCCUCGGCGCACGUGGUCUGUCGCAAGUACGGGGCCACCGUCGGCCGCUCGAAGGGCUUCGGCUUUGUCGACUUCGACGACCACGAGAGCCAGCUGAAGGCCUUGGAGGAGGUCCAGGGCAAGGAGCUCGACGGCCGCGCCUUGAGCCUCAAGGUCGCCGUCAACGAAAACAAAAAGGAGGACGAGCCCCCGGCGGAGAACAACGACGCCCCCGCCGUCGCUGCCGAACCCGCAGCCGCUUAA